CCGAUUGGCCAGCUGACGGGAAGAGGAAGAUGCAUCCGGAAUAAGCGUCCCUCCUCUGUACUACUGCUGACCAGUUAUAAGUUCUUAGGAGUGGGUGUCUGGCCGGACCGCGGCACUUUACAAACGGCGAGAUGCCAAACGGAAGCCGCUGCCCAGACUGCGGCUCCUCUGAGCUGGUGGAAGAUUCGCAUUAUUCGCAGAGCCAGCUGGUGUGCUCCGACUGCGGCUGCGUGGUCACCGAAGGGGUCCUUACUACUACCUUCAGCGACGAGGGCAACCUCAGAGAAGUGACGUAUUCUCGAAGCACAGGGGAAAAUGAACAAGUUAGCCGCAGCCAGCAACGAGAUCUCCGUCGAGUAAGAGACCUGUGUCGAAUUCUGAAGUUGCCACUAACGUUCGAGGAAACCGCAGUCUCCUACUACCAAAAGGCGUAUCAGCUGUCUGGCAUCCGCGCUGCUAGGCUGCAGAAGAAGGAAGUGGUAGUCGGAUGCUGUGUUUUAAUCACCUGUCGGCAACAUAACUGGCCCCUCACCAUGGGAGCCAUCUGCACUCUGUUGUAUGCAGAUCUGGAUGUGUUUUCCAGCACCUACAUGCAGAUAGUGAAGCUUCUGGGGCUGGACGUGCCGUCCCUGUGCCUGGCAGACUUGGUCAAGUCUUACUGCAGCAGCUUCAAUCUGUUCCAAGCAUCCCCAUCCAUGCCAGCCAAAUACGUGGAGGACAAAGACAAGAUGCUGUCUCGAACCUUGCUGUUGGUGGAGCUGGCAAAUGAGACGUGGCUGGUGACUGGACGGCAUCCCCUGCCCAUCAUCACUGCAGCCACCUUCCUGGCAUGGCAGUCUCUGCGGCCUUCAGACCGGCUCACCUGCUCUCUUGCCCGGUUUUGUAAAUUGGCAAAUGUGGACCUGCCCUACCCAGCUGCCUCCCGCCUGCAGGAGCUCCUGGCCGUGCUCCUUCAGAUGGCCAGCCAGCUGGCCUGGCUACAAGUGCUAAAACUUGAUAAGCGGUCAGUGGUGAAACACAUUGGUGACCUUCUCCAGCACCGCCAUAUGCUGGUCCGAAUGGCUUUUCAGGAUGGAACAGCAGAAGUGGAGACCAAGCAGCAGCAGCAGCAGGGACAAGGACAGCAGGAAGAGGUGGGGGACAGUACCUUCGGUUUGCCCAAGAGGAAACGUCCCGCCAGUCCUGCCCUCCUCCUCCCACCCUGCAUGUUGAAGCCCCCCAAGCGGACCCAUACCAUGCCCCCUGAUUCUGUAGUGACUGGAGAUGAGGACAUUUCUGAUAGUGAGAUUGAGCAAUAUUUACGCACCCCUCAGGAAGUUAGAGACUUUGAGAGAGCCCAAGCUGCUAGCCGGGCAGCCAUGAGUGUCCCUAACCCGCCAUGAUGCCCAUUCUGGAAGGUGUGUUCAAUUGUGACUGCAAUCUCUAACAGGCCUGUUGUGUUGCAAAAAGUGACGGUAUGUGACCUUUGGAUAUUUCUUUCAAGAAACCAAGAGUAGCUUGCAGUCUGUUAAUGGACCCAAGGUCCUAGAGAAGGUGGGAGGCAGGUGUGGUGUCUGUGGGGGACGUCCUGACCCUUGGUGCGGGUAACCAAGGAUCCAAGGGAUGGAUCCUUCCUAAGACCGCUAAGGAAUCUGUCCAGCUCUCUUCUACCCUAGUGUGCAGUAAAUGCAUUGGUGUGGACAAGCUGGCAUUUGAGCAGUAUCCACCGUUCCAUGACAGGAGCAGUUCCUGGCCAUGCCUGGCCUAGGCUCUAGUGGUUUUCAGUAUUCAUAAGCUCCUUUCCAUCAUUAACAAAAGGACCAUGGGUGGACAAUAGCUGUCGCUCAGAGAGUUCUGCAAGAUUUUAAUAUAUUAAAACAAAGAGGCAUCUGCUGGAAAACAUUCUAUUGUAUAAAACCAGAGCUUUUAAAACA